GUAUGAUUGGCGUUGAAACCUAAGAAAGGGAAAUUUUACAGAUAGUGAAAUAGCUAACAUUUUUUAAACGACAUAUUGAAACAAUUGAAUUCAGUUGUCGCUCGCGAAAAAGUGAAUAAACAUUAAAAUAAAUAAAAAAUGGAUAUAAGUGUUGAUCUAUAUUACAAUGACGAAAAUAUUGGGGGAAAAAUUGAUGUGCUACGUAUACGGAAAAGCCUUCGUGAUCGUUCAAAUCCAUUGGAGCUUCCAAAUGCAAAAUUCUUUACUGCACGAAUGUUGAAUGUUUACUGCUUAAGAGCAGUUGAAGUUUAUUUAUAUACUAAUCAACCCAACUUGUACAACCCAAAAAAAGUUGAAGUUCGAUCAUACUUCAACCGCAAUUUCUUCUGACGGAUUGAGUUGAAGUUGGCAAUACAGAAUUUUUACACUUUGACUGAAGUGCAGUGGGGUUGAAAACCGCAAUACUGGCAUUAAUCAUAGAGGAAGUGUGAAACAAUAUAUUGUCCUUAUAAGAAUCGGACAAAAUCGAUUUCAAGGUCAAAGUUGAUACAUUUUCAAAAAUCAGAAAAUGUAUUUUCAAAGAUAUCCGGAAAACUAGAAAAUAAGACAGAUUGGAAUAUUAACACCCCCAUUCAGUAGACCUGACAAAUUGCUAAACUAUAGUUAAUUUGAAAUUUUUAUCACGAAGGAAAGUUGUUGAUAUUCUGUGACAAUUUUGAUAAAACACAAAGCUUCAGUACGAAGAGCCUUUCCCCUACGCCUGUGUUGAACAAAAUGAUGUACAGUUGGUAUUUCUAUUCAAAUUCUUAAUUCGUUAAAAAUCGAUUCGCCGAUUCCCAUGUAAGUUUUCCCAUAUAUUUAUAUAGUCAAUGGAAAAUAGUUUAGUUAACUAACUUUAAUUUGACAGUAAAUCGAAAUUUCAAAGCUUUAGAUUCAUGGCACAUAAACUUUUGACAGUUGAGUGCCUAACAUUACGAGCAUCAUUUGCAGCUAGUCCUCUGCCAUUAGGCAGCUCAAUACAAUCCUGGGCAACUGGCAAGCCAACUGGCAAGCCAACUGAACCAACAGCAUCACCUCCAUGCUCAUCAAUAAUUUUGGAAAAUCGUGUAUGAUUAAAAUAUAUAUAUUUUUUUCGCAUUUUUAAUUACUUUUAAUAAUGAGCUGCUCGGAACAAGCUUAUCUGCAGCAUGAUAACUGAUAUCACCGGCAGGAACAUAGGGAGCUGAAGCAGGUCA